GACGGGGUCCUGCACAGGAAGUGUACUGUGCCCUCCAUGGAGUUCCGGGGCAGACUGGUGCGCACAACAAAUGUUCCCGUGACUGCAGAUGAGAUGAGGAUGUUGAACGCAGUGUGACCCGGAGUAUAGAAUAGAGGCAUCGCCCCCCUCGAGAUAUGUCCUAUGUGUUCCUCCAUGACUAUGGUCUGUAGAUACACUUCCCCCGUCCCCUGAUACGUGCACAUUGCCGGGACUCUGCCACUGGAAUGGUCAACCUACUGUCUAUGGUGUGGAGGAAGAUCUUACGGAAGAGAUGGGUUCUGGGGGUUGUCUUUGGACUGUCUCUCAUUUAUUUUCUCACCAGCACCUUUAAGCAGGAAGAAAGAACAGUGAGAGACCGAACACUUCUUGAGAUGAGAGAUGAAGAGCAAAGCAUUCAUUGGAAAAUUCAGUUCAACCUGGGAAACAGCAGCCGGGUCAGAGAUCAAUGUCGGAACUCUGUGCAAGGAAAACGACUUAUUACAGAUGACUUGGGUUAUGUCUGUGAGCGCAAAGAGCUGCUAGCAAAUGGAUGCUGCAACAUCAAUGUGGCCAGCACAAGGCAGUAUAACUGUGAAAGCUGCUUGCGCAAUGGGUGCUGCAGUGUAUAUGAGUACUGUGUAUCAUGCUGCCUUCAACCUAAUAAGCAACAUAUCUUGGAGCGUUUUCUAAACCGAGCUGCAAGAGGGUUCCAAAACUUGUUCUUAGCAGUAGAAGAUCACUUUGAACUGUGUUUAGCCAAAUGUCGUACAUCCUCGCAGCUAGAGUGUCCAACAUGAGAACACUUACAGGAAUCCAGUUGCAAAAUUCUGUUAUGGGGAAAACCCCCCAGAACUUCUUCCUCUCUAAAAGAAGAAAAACAAGGAUUAACAAGCUUUUUGUUGUUGUUGUUGUUGUUGUUGUUAUCCCACUUGCAUGUGAUAAAUGCUCUUUAUUCAAGGUCUGAGUGGGCCAGAAUGCUACAGGUAGUUCUGCAGAAGGAGACAUUGAAUGUAUGGUAGCAGAAAACAUGGACGAUUUAUAAAAUGUGGCAUUUGUGAUUGGAUUUAAGGCGUUUUAUUAUUGAAGCCAGUAUACAAUAUAUUGGUGAUGUAUACACAAUGUUUACAUAUCAAUUGGUAUGCACUGAGUGCAGCAUACAAAAGAACAAGCAAUGGGCAGUUAUUGACGGACUUUAAGUUUUAAAACAAACUUUUUUUAAUUUUACUUUUUCGUAAGCCAGAAUUACGUAUGUUUUUGUUUUUCAGACUUUAAUUUAUUAAAUGUAUCUUGUGUUUUUUUUUUUUCUCCUAAGCAGUAUUGUUUAAACCUAAUGUCACAAAACAUAUAAUAAAAGUGAAACUGGGAAUAAGGUGAUUAAAUAAUUGUUUGGGGGAAAUUACAUGUUUCUACAGGCUUUCUUCUUUUUGUAAUAAAAACUUCAAAACGAA